AUUUGAGAGAUUAUGGCAUCUGAAGCUCACAAUGUUAAGAAACAGAACGUCUUGCUUAUUGAAGGUCAUCCCAUUGAUCUCCCCAGAAAAAGAAUCUCUUCUUCCACUAAAAAGAUCAUGAAGGAGGGUAAGAAAUCUCCAAAACAGCUGGCUUCAUACACAAACAGAGUAACAGUUGGAAAAACGGUGACCAGUCCCCUCUCUCUUUUCAAAGUGGUGUAUUGCAAAAGGAAAGUUCAUUGCUAUACUCCAAAGCCUUGUUACAGAAAGAAGCUGUGCCCUAAAUCUAGGGGCCGUGACAUGGCAAAUAAAGAAAAUGAACUGGCUUGUGCAGGGAAUCUGCCAGCAAAACUUCACAACAGUCGGACACACUUGCUGAAUUCUAGUGACUCUGGCUCGUCUCAAACAGAAGGCCCCUCAUCCAAAUACAGUGCAUUUUUUUCAGAGGUUUCUCAGGACCAUGAAACUAUGGCUCAAGUUCUUUUCAGCAGGAAUCUGAGACUGAACGUAGCUUUAACCUUUUGGAGAAGGAGAAGUAUAAGUGAACUGGUAGCCUACUUAGUGAGGAUACAGGAUCUUGGAGUAGUAGUAGACUGCCUUCCUGUGCUUACGAACAGUUUACAGGAAGAAAAACCAUAUGUUUCAGUUGGCUGCUGUGUAGAUCUUUUGCCUUUAGUGAAAUCUCUGCUUAAAAGCAAAUAUGAAGAAUAUGUGAUAGUGGGUUUAAACUGGCUUCAGGCUGUCAUUAAAAGAUGGUGGUCAGAACUAUCUGCACAUACAGAAAAAGCAGAAGAUGGAAACAUUCAUAUUUUAAAACAACAUCUAAGUGUUUUGUGGGAGCAGGAGAAUCAUCUUACUCUGGUUCCAGGAUAUACUGGUAAUAUAGCUAAGGAUGUAAAUGCUUAUUUAUUGCAGCUACACUGACAUGAUGGGGGAACAGUGUGCUUAUGUGGUGAAACAAUCCCCUAAAGUAUCCCUGAAAUAUGUGCUGAAAGCCUUUUGAGAAAUACUGGCAGAAGAGAACUGAACUGUCAAGCUGUUUAAUGAAACCACUAACAAAACCCUAACCAUCUACUUCACAUUGAAGUGGAAAAAUGUCUAGUAGGAGCAACUUUUACUUCAGUGAGGUGAAAGUGCACUAUGAAAACUGUAUGCCUUUGCUGCAUUUGGGAUUCACUCAGUUACUAGGUAUUCCUUUAAAUGCUACUGUACCUUACAACAUCAUCGCAUAAAAGAAGAUGAACUAUACUGUCAUGAAGACAAGACAGCAGAACCAGUUAUAAGGAACCAACAAAAACAAUCAGCAUUAAGAGCUUUUAAAUGUCUCUUUCACAAGAGAACUCCAAAAUGCACAACUAUCUUCCAAUUAUGUAAAAAAAUACAAAAAACUUUGGUAUAUUCAUUUACUUCUAUGUUUUAAUCAAAUUAUUAAAGACAGUUUUUGUUUGCACUAUUGAGAAACUAUACAGCAAAGAUGCCUUAAUUACUAGUGUUUCAAAAAGCCAAUGUGUUAAGAUACAUAUAGCUAUUAUGUUCAGAUUGUGAUGGAAAACUACAAAAAUCAGGGUUUCACAUUGUGUAGUUAAUAUUGCACAUAUACAAAGAUUCAUGUAUGAAAAAUAUUAUAGAUACCUGAAGUUAAGCUUGGGUAAACAGUUAUUGCAAAUGUCAGCAGAAUGGUGAAUUUAUGUCUAACAAAUGUUUUUAUAUUGUAUGUGGAUUUCUAACACAGUAAUCUUGUUCUGUAUCAUUCAAACUACAUGCAAAUAAGUAAAUAUAUUAAAUAUAUCUACUGUUUUUUCUUUUCAAGUUCAAAAAAAAUCAAUUUCUAGAAUAAUCUCUUCCGCAGUACUUUUUAUCAUAGAUAUUUAAGUCUCUUGUUUGAAAUGUUUACAGCCAGAUGAGGCCAUGUUAUUCAAAUCACACCCUUUUUAUACUACCUCCUUUAAGAAACUGACAAAGAACUUUUGCAAAAUUGAUCAAGUUCUAACCUGAUCAUGAUGGCAAAGUCAUACCAACAACAGCAUUGAGAAUACAGCUAUAAACUUUUACUGUCAUCUUGAUAAUGCUGUUCUAUUUUAAUUUAAAAGCUAUAUCUUAAUAGCUCUGAGGGAGUCUUAAUCUUAGGCUUGCUGUUGCCUUUUUUAAUGUUGUGAUUAGGAAGCAUGCUUUUUCAAUUAAAACUUACAAAGUGCCAGCUCUCCACUUAAAAGUAUACAUGCGCAGCAUGUAUGACCAAAUAGACUACUUCCUUAAAAAUAAGUACUUGCAAGGGUUGUUUUCAUACCUAGCAUUAAGCAUGUGCACUUUUAUUGACAUGCAGGAGAAAAGUCUUUUGAUAGCCGCAAGAGGUUUUUUGCUUUACAGAUUAAAUAAAUUAAUUUUAAACUCCUGUAGUGAUCAAUAACUUCAGGCCUCCUGUUGCUUAGUAUUGUAUUUAGUUUAUGUAUCGUUGUUCCUGACUUCUGAAGGCCAACUAGAAAUCUGUCAUGAGAACUUGGUGCUUUUAGUUGUUUGACUGUUCUGUAAACCACCAAAGGUUUUGCAUUUCCCAGGGCAGUCAGUUACAAAGUUUCUGGGGCAUCCCAAAACUGCAAACUUUGUGGGACAAUUUGGAGACAUACACAUAGCCAGUCUUCUUGCUGGAAUUGUUAUGUAUCAUUAGAGAUAUUUCAUGUUCAAAAAGUUUUGAGAUAGGACUUUUCAAAUGUUCUUACUAUCAAUUAAAAAUCUAAAGGAACUAUGACAACAUUCUUGUAUUACUUUACUGUUCCAUUGAACACUUAAAUGUAAAAGUAACGAAGUUUAGUUUCAUCAUUUGGGUGGCAGUUGCUGAAACUUAGAUUAUUCCUCAAGGACAGUACUGUUUAUGGAAACUCAGAUUUUUAUUUUUUUUUUAAUAGACAGAGUAACUCCUGGCCAUUUAUUUCUGAUAAUAUAAGAAAGUAUAGUUGUAAUUGAUUAAAGGGAUACUCUAGUAUUUAAAAAUCUAGCUUGAAUGUAGAUUUAGAUACAUGGGCUUGUAAUGAAUUCUGUAUGUGGCCAUAGAGUUACCAAAUCCUAACUGUGGACAGUGCUUUUGUUUUAGAGGUGAGGUAAGAUUGAUUUGAGUAUCAUUACUGAGGAAUACCUAAUAAAAUAAUACAUUCUUUUUAACUGCCAAAAGUUGUAUUUUGACAGCAUCAAUAAUACAGUAUUAAACAUUGUCAUUAGUAUCUGUGCCUUAUUUUAAAUGAAUUUUUUACUGUUUUCAGGCAGCUAUUAGACUGUAAGAACAGGAUUCAGGUGUCUGUAUUAUGAAAUUCUUUUUUCCAUCAUGUUCUUAAUUCAUUGAAACUAUUCACACUAAUAUGCAGGCUCAGCUUCUUGUAUUCUUUUUAGUUCUCAAAUGGCUAGGAAUCAGUUUUACUGUUCCAGAAUGUACAUGUAUAAUAUGUGGUCAAAGUUGGCAUGAGUUAAAUGUCUUAACAGCUGUGUAACUCUGCUAAAUUCAUAUAGUUGUUUCAGUGAAUCUAAGAAUUAAGUUUAUGAGCUAUCCCAUGCAUAAAUUAUAAUCUUUGUGUUGCUUUCUAAAAAUGCUAUUUCUAGGAUGUGUCAGAAGAUCCAGACAGAAUUAAUCCUUUUCCUGUGUGUUCUUGUAAUGCAGAAGCACGUAUGUACUUGAGGAUGAAGGAUGCCUCCACAAAGCUGUUCUGCAUGUUAUACCACUUGAUAUGAAACUUUGAAAAACACUAUGUCUUUUGCCUCAGUUCCCUGAAAGUACUUGAGGCUGUUUUGCUGAAGGAGUACUUUUAAGUGUGACCCAGGAUUUGCCCAUCCCCUAAACUGAAAUUAAAGAAUCCUUCUGGCAAACUGUCUCUUUCUGCAGGGCUGAAUAAAAAGUCCAGUAUUUUGUAAAUGGAAGUGGCCAAGUUGAGGUAUUACUGAUAGCUUUUUCCACCUCUACUCUUCAGCAAGCUAUGCCAUUUAGCUGAGUGUGAAGAAGUUAGCAUGUCUUAAUGAUUAUGUAUGUCUCUGUUUUGAAGGAACUAUGCCUAUUUCUCAGGAAAGAGUCUUCUACUCUUGGAUCACACAGGUACUGCAUUCCACACUCCUUAAUAGUGCUUGCAGGUUGUUGCUGGCAUUAAAAAAAAAAUAGCAGCAGCCCUUCAAGAGCUUACCCUCUGUAGUGAGAUAUAGUUUUUUUUUGGUUUUUUUUUUUGCCCUCCUGUAGAUUGCUUUGUCAGAGGUUGCAGUUUUAACACUUGAGGUGCAGGAGGGAUGGGAGAGUAGGAAAGGGCAAAAUAUACAUGCCCUGUGCUGAGUGACAUCAGCCCCACUGCAUUAUAAAGCAGGCUGUAUUUUCAUUUUCUGGCAUCUGAAGUAGGCAAAUUUGGGGUUAAACAUCUUUAUGCGUUUAGCAUUGAAGAGGUAAAGGUUUUGCAGAUGGAUGCUACAGUGUUAAUUUGUGAUUUUUUUUUUUUUUUUU